GGAAGGAGCUUCGACCAAACAGCCAGCAACACACCAUUGGGGACAGCUACAUGAUGGCAAAGUCUGGGAACAAGAAGCGCGAACGCGAGGCCGAGGAUGCAGAUGCCGGGACAGAGGGCGGCACUGCACAGACUUCCAAUCCGCCGAGCAAAAAAGCGCGUAUUGAGUCCCAUCGAUCGCUGUUUGUUCGGUCGCUCCCUCCAACGGCCACAAGCGAAUCGCUCACCGAGUUCUUUUCUCAACACUACCCCGUCAAGCAUGCCACCGUUGUAAUCGAUCCAAAGACAAAAACGUCAAGGGGCUACGGCUUCGUUUCAUUCGCCGACCCCGAAGAUGCAACUGAAGCCAAGGAGAAGCUCAACAACGAGCUCUUCGAAGGACGCCGGUUGAGGCUGGAUAUUGCUCUGCCACGGCUCCGUGAUACUGCCAAAGUCAAACCUGAGACUGCAUCAAAGGUCAUUGAGGAGAAACGAAAGCGCGAGCAGGAAUUGGCGGAGACUCGGAAGCCCUCAAAGCUCAUCAUUCGAAAUUUGCCCUGGACCAUCAAGACUCCGGACCAACUUGCAAAGCUGUUCCAGAGUUUCGGCAAGGUAAAGUAUGCCGAUUUGCCCAACCAAAAGGGCAAACUCGCUGGCUUCGGUUUCGUCACGCUUCGUCGGCGCAAGCAUGCCGAAAAGGCCAUAGAGGCUAUCAAUGGUAAGAUAGUCGAUGGGCGAACGCUGGCGGUCGACUGGGCAGUGGACAAGCAGACUUGGGAGCAGCAAAAGAGCGCUACGGACGCAGGCGACGAAGUUGAAAACCCGAGCAAAACUUCCAAGGCCAAGAAGACCAAGCAGGCGAAGGAUGAGGACGAGGAUGAGGAUCCGAAUAUGACCCAGGAAGACAGGGAUUUGGUGAAUUUCUUCAAAAACUAUGGGGAAAACUUAGAGGAUGAGGAGGACAGUGAUGAAGAGGCUAAGGCCAAGGAUGAGGAGGAGGACGAGGGGGGCGAAGAGGAUGAAGACGAAGACGAAGACAGCGGAGAUGAGGAGGCUGAUGAUGGUUCUGAAACGGAUGGGUCGAGUGCGUCCGAAGACGGAGACAAGAACUCCAAGAAGCUAAUGACGGACAACUCGACAACUCUCUUCAUCCGCAACCUUCCCUACACCACGACAGACGAGGCACUGAAAGCCCAUUUCGUGAAAUUCGGCCCAAUAAGAUACGCUAGAGUUGUGAAGGAUCGUGCCACCGACCGGCCAGCCGGUACUGGAUUUGUCUGUUUCUUCAAACUCGAGGACUGUAUGGCAUGUUUGAAAGGAGCACCACGCCAUCGUCCUGCUCCGACGCUGUCCAAGCACUCUAUCUUGCAAGAUGAAACAGUUGAUCCAGAAGGCAAAUACACAAUCGAAGGCCGAAUCUUACAGGUUGCUAAGGCCGUAAGCAAGGAGGAGGCUACGCGACUGGCUGAGGCAGGCCCUGGCGGCAAGGGUAAGAAGGAGGAUAAACGCAGGCUUUUCCUCUUGUCAGAGGGCGCAAUUUCCAAGAACUCGCCUCUCUACAGCAAGCUUUCCCCAUCCGAGAUUAAAAUGAGGGAGGCGAGCGCCAAACAACGGAAGAAGCUCAUCGAGUCGAACCCAGCUUUGCACUUGAGCCUGACUCGUCUUGCGAUACGCAACAUCCCGCACAACAUCGGCUCCAAAGACUUAAAAGCCCUCGCCCGUGAAGCCAUCGUCGGCUUCGCCAAGGACGUCAAGGAAGGGCGCAGACAGCCGCUUUCCAAGGAAGAGAAGACCAGAGGCGGCGAGCAAGAUAGGGAGGCAGAGCGCCGCCGGAAGGAGAAGGGCAAGGGUGUGGUGCGUCAAGCCAAGAUUGUCUUUGAGACCAAGGAAGGCUCCAAGGUGGACGAGAAAACCGGUGCCGGCAAGAGUCGUGGCUACGGUUUCAUCGAGUACUCAUCCCAUCGGUGGGCGCUCAUGGGCAUGCGGUGGCUCAACGGUCACGCCCUGAAGAAUGAGGCUGGCAAGACGCAGCGCCUGAUUGUCGAGUUUGCUAUCGAGAAUGCCAAUGUCGUCCAGAGGCGGCGGGCGCAGGAGGAGAAGACAAGGCAGUUCGGUCCAAAGCCUGCGCAUGCGAAAGGGAAGGAGGAUAAGGAAAAGGAUGCGAAUAGCGGCAAGCCGAAAGGCAUUAGGAAAGGUAGUGGAGGUAAGGGCGGGAAGGGAGAGAAGGGAGGAGGUAGCGAUGAGCCUCUGCCGAACAAGGAGGCGAGAAAGAAAGCUGACGCCAAGCUUGCGAUGAGGACCAAGAUUAUUGCGAGGAAGAGGAUGAUGCGGAAAAAGAAAGCCAAGGUGCGGUCGGGAAAGAAAUAAAAGGGACCAGGCCAUUAUUUACUCAGUAGUAUUUAACCAAGCAGCUGAGCAGCAUCACUAACUUGCUCAGCAAAACCCAAAGUCGCAUAUGACUUGGCAUAUUGUAUGUUCAGGAGGCAGUUUGAGUGAGGUUGAAUAUAUACAGCUAGAAGCAGCUUUAAUAAAGCCUUCCAUACAGACAGAAUUCAUACCCAUCGAUCUCUGACAGAAAGGAGUGGGGAUUUGUGAAGUGCUCAUUCGGCCCACCGGCCAGUCAAUCUUUGCUUCAUUUCCAGAACCAGCCGCCCUCCUUCCUCCGUUCUUUCGAGCUAUUGGCUUGCUCCUUGUCAUGAUCAUGGAAUUUUUCAUCUUCAAUGGCAUCGCUGGCAUUGUCGUGCCCUCCGAACGUCGCGUGCCACUGGUGUGAACGCUCACUCGAACUCUGGACCUGUUUCAGAAUAACGCGGCCGUCUUC